UGGCUCCUCCCAGUCCCCGCCCUUUCUGUCAGGCUGCAAAAGCAGUGAGUACGUGAGGCUGCUCAUCACUUAGGAGGGAGCCGGAUACCGAGUGGCAACUGCUGUAUCCAGACAGGUGAGGAUGCUGUUAAGUCUGUGGGAAGCAGGGGGAACCCUGUUAGAGGAGGCAGUAGGAGGGAGCCUGGCAUCUCGCGUCCUCAUUCCCUGCACCUUCCUCCUGGCUCUGGCCUAUGUCAGUAAACUGGCCUUCAAACACCUGAUGGCUGAGGACCCCGGCAAUGUGAAAUACCCUCCUUAUAUAUCAUCUAAUAUACCAUUUCUGGGCCACGCAAUAGCGUUUGGGAAAAGCCCAAUCUCAUUUCUGGAAAAUGCCUAUGACAAAUACGGGCCAGUUUUCAGUUUCACGAUGGUGGGCAAGACCUUUACCUAUCUGGUGGGCAGCGAUGCAGCUGCUUUGCUUUUUAAUAGCAAAAAUGAGGACCUGAAUGCGGAGGACGUUUAUUCUAGGCUGACAACACCAGUCUUUGGCAAAGGAGUUGCAUAUGAUGUACCAAAUCCGAUCUUUUUGGAACAGAAAAAAAUGUUUAAAACUGGUUUGAAUAUUGCGCACUUUAAAACUCAUGUGCAGAUGAUUGAAGAGGAGACCAAAGAGUACUUUGAGCGCUGGGGAGACAGUGGUGUGAGAAACUUGUUUGAGGCACUGUCGGAACUGAUAAUACUGACGGCGAGUCGUUGCCUGCAUGGGAAGGAAAUCCGCAGCAUGCUGAAUGAAAGAGUUGCUCAGCUUUAUGCUGAUUUAGAUGGAGGUUUCACACACGCUGCUUGGCUUUUGCCUGGGUGGCUGCCAUUGCCCAGUUUCAGACGCAGAGACCGAGCUCAUAGAGAGAUCAAGAACAUUUUCUACCAAGUGAUACAGAAACGCAGGAAUUCUGCUGAGCGAGAGGACGACAUGCUACAAACACUGAUCGAUGCCACCUACAAAGAUGGGACCCCUUUAAAUGACGAUGAGAUUGCAGGGAUGCUGAUAGGGUUAUUGCUGGCCGGACAACACACUUCUUCGACCACCAGCGCUUGGAUGGGAUUCUUCCUGGCCCAGAAGAAAUCUCUCCAGGAUCAGUGCUUUGCAGAACAGAAGGCAGUUUGUGGGGAAGACUUGCCUCCUCUCAACUAUGAUCAGCUGAAGGAUAUGCAAGUCUUGGACCGAUGCAUAAAGGAGACUCUGAGAUUAAGACCACCCAUAAUGACAAUGAUGAGAAUGGCUCGGACACCCCAGUCGGUUGCUGGAUACAAUAUCCCCCCUGGCCAUCAGGUCUGUGUAUCCCCCACUGUCAAUCACCGCCUCAGGGACACUUGGGACAAAAAUACUGAGUUUAAUCCUGACCGAUAUCUCCAUGACAACCCAGCAGCCGGAGAAAAGUUUGCAUAUGUUCCUUUUGGAGCAGGUCGGCAUCGCUGCAUCGGGGAGAACUUCGCUUACGUUCAGAUCAAGACGAUUUGGUCGACGAUGCUCCGCACAUACGAAUUUGAACUGGUGGACGGAAACUUCCCGACGAUAAACUACACGACUAUGAUUCACACGCCCAACGACCCGCUCGUCAGAUAUAAACGCAGAAAGAAUUAAACUAUGGACUUUACGUUCUACGAUUUUAUUUCUUAAAAAAAAAAAUCUUAAGUGGGAGGGGCUUGAAAUCACUGUACAUGUUCUGUAUUUUAUA